AUGGGGCUGGGACAGCAUAAAGGCGUACAGCAACUUCAUGGGCUAUUCAACACCCUAUUUCAUGGCCAGAAAGGUACGGAAGGAUUGUACUGGCUUUCAAUCUGGUCCGCGGACGCAUCACUAGGCAUCAACGAGUUCAACGGAGUGGUCCAAGGUCUGCUCGUGCCUCGCAUCUUGAAAGACAAUGGUGUUUUGACUGCUCUGCGAAUCUGCAACACCAGCCCAAAUGCACGCGGAGGGACGGCUAGCAAUGGCUACAAGCCUCAACAGGGCGGGCCUUGCGUGCUUCUAGUCCGCAUCCAGGACGUCGAAAUGCUUUGGACGUCUCCAGCUCUACAGAAGCUGGCCAUCGGACGUCGAGAUAGAGAUGAGCCACGUGUCUUCGGUACCGAAGCCCGCACUUACGAGCUUAUCCAACGCUUCGAGGGGAAAAAGGGUGCUAAGGUGAAGGGCAAUUGCAUCGUAGCUGUACUGAUCGAGCCUGGAGAUGGCCAGGGUGAAGAAAUUGAGCAAUGGUACCAGAAGGAGAACUUAGCCUUGCUCGCUCGCAUUCCACCGUUCAUUCGGACGACCCGCUACCGUUCACGCUCUGGACUAGUUCAUGGAGCAAACGAUCACGGCCCCACUCUAUUGUCCUUACAUGAGUACACGACGCAUCGAUCACUGUUAGACCAUACAAUUCAGUUCGGUCCUGUUAUUGACACUCCUUGGGCGAAACGAAUCUUUGCAGCGGCCAAGUCUGUUGAACGCACCAUUUGGGACGUGACCGGAAAGUACACGCAAACUGGGAGCAGACUCGAUGGCCUCUGA